GUUUAAAUACGAGAAGCAAGCAACUGUGCUUGUAGACAUCACCGGAAUUCCAUCUCUUAGUGAUGUUUCUAGUGAUAAAAAGUUUCUGACUGUUGGAUCUGUUGUCACCGUUUCUAGUCUCAUUUCAGAGUUGGAGCAACAUCAGCAGUCAGAUAUGCCACAAGGAAGCAGACUUAGCAAACUUGCAUUGCAUUUAAGGAAGAUUGCCAAUGUUGCUGUCAGAAAUGUAGCGACAUGGGCAGGCAACCUCAUGUUGACCCACAACCAUGCAGACUUUCCAUCCGACGUAUUCACCAUCAUGCAAGCAGCAGGAGCAUCACUAAACAUUAUUGACAACAGUGCAACUCACAACGUUAGUCUUCCUGACUUUCUUCAACUUGACAUGGCAGGAAAAAUAAUCACGAGUAUUGUGAUACCAUUUGAUGAGCCAAAUGAGCAUUUCUUGACGUUUAAAAUCAUGCCACGUCAUGUGAAUGCUCAUGCUUAUGUGAAUGCCGGGUUUAGGUUGGUGAGUACGAGUAAGGGGUCAACGGUUGUGGGAAACAAAGUGUUGAUUAUGUAUGGUGGGAUAGGACCAUACACGAUUCAAGCGGCUAAAACUGCAAAGUAUCUCGUGGGUAAAGACCUUUCUAGUCAGGAAACGCUGAAUGGAGUUAUGGCCGUGUUGUCCUCAGAGAUAAGUCCUGACUCUCAUCUGCCUGCUGCAAGUCCACAGUACAGGAAGAGUCUUGCUCUGUCACUCUUUUACAAGUUUUAUUUGUCUGUUCUUGGGUCGUCUGCUUCGUCUCGUGUUCUAAGUGCAUCAAGUUCAAUAGUUUCGCAUCGUCCAGUCAGCUCUGGUAUACAGAAGUACAGCACUGACCCAUCAAAAUAUCCACUCACUCAGCCAAUGACUAAAAUGGCAGCCAAACUGCAGACGUCAGGUAAAGCAGAGUAUGUCAAUGACAUUCCAAUCUAUCCAAACGAAGCACGAGGAGCAUUUGUCAAGUCAACCCAGGCAAAUGCAAAAUUGGUGUCUAUGGACGCAUCGACGGCUCUUGCAAUGCCUGGUGUGAUUGCCUUUUUGCAAGCCAAGGAUAUUCCUUCUGGUGGUAUCAACAACUGGCGUGUUUUGAAAUAUGAAAGCGGCAGUGCAGUUCCUGAAAUGCUGUUUACAGAUGAUUACAUUGGAUUUGCUGGCCAAUCAGUAGGACUAAUUGUUGCAGAUACUCAAGCUCAUGCAGAUAUGGCAGCACGUGCUGUCAGAGUAACGCAGAGCCCACUAAGUGCGCCUAUUCUCACAAUACAAGAUGCCAUCGCAGCAAACUCUCUCUUUCCUGACAUUUUAGCACCACUGAUAUCAGGAGAAGGCGAUCCAAUGGAUGCUCUCAAGGCCUCUAAGCAUGUGAUCAGUGGAGAGAUCUCAUGUGGCUAUCAAUACCAUUUUCAUAUGGAGACGCAGCGUUGCUUGACUGUUCCAACAGACAGUGGACUUGAUGUCUACAGCUCAACACAAUGGAUGGACUAUUGUCAGGAGUCAGUAGCACAGGUGCUGGGAGUCAAGAAAAACAGUGUUAAUGUUUCUGUGAAACGACUUGGUGGCGGUUUUGGUGGAAAAAUCCUAAACAGUCAUUUGAUUGCAGCAGCAACUAGUUUGGCUGCAUCCAAACUGAACAGGCCUGUACGUGUUGUGCUUGAUCUUGAUACAAAUAUGCAGUUGGUUGGAGGAAGGCCAGCUUGGUUAGCUCAAUAUCAGGUUGGUUGCGAUGAUUCUGGCAAAUUGAACUGCGUAGUGAUUACACUCUACAUGGACUGUGGCAUCACAAACGAUGGAUUCCUUGGUGACCAAUUCAUCGACAACGCUUAUUACUCACCUCACUGGAAGGUUUCACUUCAUGGAUGCAAAACACACACGCCAACGUCAACAGCCUGCAGAGCUCCAGGCUCUACACCAAACGUGUUUAUCAUAGAGUCAGUCAUGGAGCAUGUUGCCAAGAGUUUAGGUAAGACACCCGAAGAUGUACGAGUGAUUAACUUGUAUCAAAAGGGUCAAGUGACGCCAUACAAGCAGCCGCUGACAUACUGCAAUAUCUCAAGUCUGUGGAGUCAACUGAUGGAUUCAUGUGAGUUUACGAAAAGGCAAGAACAAGUGGAGGCAUUCAACAAGGCUAAUCGCUGGAAGAAAAGGGGUCUAUCUGUCAUUCCUCUCAAGUUUGGCAUUGGAUGGACUGGAGCUCCAUUCAGUUGUGUGCUAUCUGUCUACGCUGGUGAUGCAUCAGUCAUGAUAACAACCGGCGGCAUAGAAAUGGGACAAGGAUUGACAACAAAAAUUGUUCAAGUGACUGCGUUUACUCUUGGUAUUGAUGUUGAUCUGAUUCGAACUCGACCAUCGAAUGUGCUGACUGCUCCAAACAAUUCGACUACUGGAGGAAGCAUUGGAAGCGAACUCAGUUGUGCUGUUGCGGUCUCUGCUUGCAAGCAGCUGCUUGUACAGAUGAAGCCGGCUCGAGACCAGCUGUCAGCUGACGCCACUUGGCUGCAAGUGGUUACGAAGUGUUUUGAAUUGGGUAUUGAUCUUCAAGCAAAAGCUUGGAUUGACAUGACAUCAUCCACUGUUUUUAACUACAAUUCAUAUGGUGUCACUUGUACUGAAGUAGAACUCGAUGUUCUUACUGGAGAAAAUCAAAUUCUGCGGACUGAUAUAUUGUAUGACUGUGGUGAAAGCAUGAAUCCUGAGAUUGAUGUUGGUCAAGCAGAAGGAGCAUUCGUUUUUGGAUUAGGUUUUUUCCUUACUGAGCAUUUUAUUCGAGAUCCAAGCUCUGGGCAACUCCUGACCAAGAACACAUGGGAAUACAAACCGUGCACUGCUCUUGAUAUUCCAAUUGAUUUCAGAGUUACCUUUUUGAAAGAUGCACCAAAUCCACUUGGAAUACUGAGAUCUAAAGCUGUCGGUGAGCCUCCACUGUGCAUGUCAUGCUCGGCUCUAUUUGCAAUCAAGCAUGCCGUUGAGAACGCUCGAGCAGAAAUACAGCAAGACACUUUCUUUCCAAGAUCUGGUCCUGCUACUGUGGAUGCUGUUCAGAGUGACUGUCUGGUAAAUGUGGAUCAGUUCACAGUGUAACUGGAUCAAAUAUUUUUGAUAUUUUUUAAUUGUUUUUGGUCAGUGGUUGACGACACGUAAAAUCAUGUGUACUGUAGUGUUUAUUGUAAAGACGUCAGCUAGCUUAAGUCAUAUA